AUGCUCUUGGUCUUUCUGAAAAGUUUGUUCCUGAUUCUUGGGUCGGUAGGAGGCCUCAUAGGGCUUGGAAUAGGUAUUGUAAAGGCCAUAGAUUACAUCGAAGAUAAAGCAUACGCUGCAAAGAAGCACAUAGAGACAAUUAUACAGAUAUCAGCGGGGCUUCACUUCAUUCUUUUACUGAGAGGCGUCUCCAUUUUUCAAAUUCUUUUCAGUCUGUCGAUACAAUAUGCAUUUUAUUGUCUCCUGGAUAUCUAUCCUCUUGUGAAGUUAGACAAUCCAUACUUCAUAUAUGGAACAAUUGCCUCUCUUCUCAACCAUUUCCUUGUCAUAAGGUUGAUUUUUUCUAAUCCCUCUAUCUACGGAGCAGAAAUAAUCCUCUAUUUUGCACUAGUCUGGACAACUCCAUUUUGUUUUUUCCUAAGCUUAAGUGCAAAUGAUGAGGUCUUAUUUGUUAGAGGGAAAGCGUCUUCAAACACAAUGAUUGGAAGCUUUUUAAAGAAGUAUCUUUACAAAGAGAAGAAAUAA